AUGGCUGCAACAACUCAAGAAGACCACAAGAAUGAGCAAGAAGAUAUCUGGAGUAUACUUCCAUCUUACCACAUGUUCCGAUCCACCGUUAGUCUUAGCGUGUUUGAUGUAGGGGAUGACACAGAUGAUGAGGAUAGCUACUUUCCUCCCUUAUACUCGCCCAGCUUGAGUGAUUCACUGACGGUAGAAAGUACCAGAUCGCUGAAUAUUGUUGACCAGCCGUUACUACCUGCCAAACACAACGUCACCAACAAUAUGCUUUCAAUGAAAAAUUACACCCACAACGAGGUUUCUCUGCAAUUUGCAGUUGAUAUUCAAUUCAUUCGUACGAUUGGAGAGAUAGGCAAACCCAAUGAAUUGGUCGAUGUUUCCAACUGCUCAUUCAAGCCAGGAAGCACCGUCAAUGGUUUCUUCACUUUCAGGAACUCGUCGGAUCGUCCAGUCAAAUUUGAUCAUCUCUAUGUGAUGUUGGAAGGUACUAUCACUAUAGGUACUACCCGGAAAAAGUUCUUGGAAAUGAUGGAUAUGUCGGCGUCGUGGUCGUUUGGACGCAUCAACAGACUUCUUUAUGAGUCGAACCAUAGCAACGACUGGUCAAAUAUCAAUGAUUCGGAUGGAAUCAGACUUGCCAUUGGUCCAGUGAGAAUCAUCAAACCAAAAACAACUUAUAAGCUUUAUUUCACUUUUAAGUUGCCCCAGAGGCUACUUGACACUGCGUGCUCUUCGCAAUGCACAAGUCACUGUGCUAUGCCGUCGUCUUUGAAAACGGAAGACUAUACUAUCUCAUAUAAUGUCAGUGCUCGUUUCAUCAGCACCAACAGCCGGGUUCUAGGCACUUCAAGUGACCCUGAGUAUGUAAUCUUCAAAGAAGCUUGCAAGGAGAUUCAUGUUGUCUCCAGUUCAAAUUAUGAAGAAGAGGAAGAGCAAUUGGAAAAAUUCGAACAAACGGCGAGGUACGAAAUUGAAAGAGGUCAACUUUUGCGCUUGCAGGCAGCUCGCAAUGUAUUGUCGAUUCCUCUUGAAUACAAGGGUUCUCUCAGAAAGCACAAAGAAGACUCACUUGGAGGAAAAGACGAAGUCACCAAGUUGGCUCUGUUCCCUGUUCGAAAACGCUUUUUCGUUUCGAAGGUAUCCAUGAAAAUUUGCACGCCCAGAAAGAGCUACUUUUUCAAGCCAGGAACCGCGGGCCAAAUUGCGAUUCCUUUAACCAUAAGCUCCUCGACUAAGCCAAGUGUGAAGCUGUUUAAAAUUCAAAUUGAGGCUGUUACAGUUAAAGGCCCAACCACUGCCAUACCAAUCGAGAUUCUGCACAAGUUUAUAAUAAGAGAACUAGAUGCUGGGAGAACGCCAAUUGUUUCAAUCUUCUCCAAAUUGAGACAAGAAAUAGAGCAGCUAGAAAAAUCGGUUGAAGACUUCCAGGCAGAUAGGAAUCUAUGGAAGACUCUCAAACUUUUGUUAUCAGCCGCUGUGGAUGUUAAGACUCUUGAUGUUGAGUCGCAUUUAAGUUCUUCGAGUCUCGAAAAAGUUAAUUCUGAGUUUCGUCAAAGUUUAGUGCUUAGUGGAAAUUUGGGUGCAAAAUUUUGCAGCUCACCACCCACAUUCCAAACUUGUAACGUUUGUCGCUUUUACAUCCUCGUGGUGAACGUUAACCAAAAUACAAAGCUUCGCUUACCGUUAGUGGUUCAAUGA